CAUAAAAGGGUAUGAAAUGAUCUUUAUUAGGUUUUUGUUUUUUGAUGGAGCAGAUUCUAUGGCAGCAAUAUCGUAUAGUGCUCCGAUAUGAACAAUAUGUUCGGAAAUUAUAGCGUUGCCUUGGAAAAUAAUCCAUGCAAAAUUUCAUGAAAAUAUAUUGUCAAAUAAAUAAGGUUUCCAUAAAAGGACUUGAUUUUGAUAGAUCAGUUUAUAUAGCGGCUAAAGCCUACAGUGGUGCAAUAUCGACGCUUCCGAUAAGUGUGCAGCUUUUUGAGGAGAAAAGGAUGCAAAUUUUUAGAGCGAUUUCUCAAAAACUAGGACUAGUUCGUGUAUAUAACAUUUUUAUAUGCAUAUACUUUAGAGGGUCUUCAACGUUUCGUGCUGGAUGUUACAAACUUCAUGGCAAAGUGUGCAGGGUAUAAGUAUGCAUAUAUGUCAAGUUUAUGAUGUUUAUGAUUAAUUACCGCUAACUUAAUUAAUUCAAUAGCAGCUAGUGUAAGUUUUAGAACACAUAUAUCUAAAUGUAUAUAACAGGCUUCAUUUAAUAUAUCUACAUAUAUACAUAAGCUCAUAUUUACAUACAUUUGCAUAAGUAGAAAUCUAUACAAAGAGGUGUGUAGUUGUAUUUAAAAUUUCUCAGUCAAUUUACAGCUAUCAAUAGCAUAUUAUUUUCAUUUAAAACAAAAUAAGAAUAAACAACUAAAAAUAAAUCAGGUUGUGCAAACCAGCUAAGGCACACACAAACAAACAUACAUAUAGUUGCAAGUAAUAUUUACAAUAUUUUUUUUCAAAAUUAAGUACAUAUACAUUUCUUAUUAAAAAUCGGCCAUAUAAAGGCGAAGCCACAAGAAAUGCAAUUGCAUUUACAACAGUGUUAUUCGCUUGAGUACAGUAAUCAUGCGAUUUAUUUAUAUAACCACAGUCGUUUUAUUGCUGCUAACCACAUUAGCAGCCGCACAAGAUUCAUCUUGCCCUGGAAAACCACCAACUCAACUAUGUCUGAAGCCGAUGAAUGUGGGUACCAAAGGUCGUAGCUGUCGACCCAAACAAAUGUGGUACUUCAAUGAGCGGGCACAAAAAUGCGAACGCCUUAAAUAUACCGGCUGCGGUGGCAAUGAGAAUCGUUUCUGCACUUUGUCGGGCUGUCAGAAUUCAUGUAUUUAAGUGAUGGACACAGUACUUUUUGUAUAUGCAAUUUUUAAUUGAUAUGUAUGGAUCUUUGUUAGCAAAAACAAAAAAUAUUAAACAAUAAUUUGUGGAGUGGUGGCUUGUUUUUUUGUUAAUCGGGAUAUUAAAUUAUAAUUGUAUUAUUAUUAAUUAUUAAAUGAUAGAUGCAUUUUGAUGUUGUACUUAAUAUUUCAAGCAAUAAGUUCUUUUUUGAUUUAUAUGCUUUAAAUAGCAAACACAUAUGUAUGUCAUAAUUCUAAGUAUUUCUACAGCACCGUAACUAUAAUACCCUUCACAGGUGAAUUUCUUAUAAUAUAAAUGCGUAUAAAAAGACUUUUAUCUUGAUUUGGCAAACUUAAUAUACACUGUUCUCGGUAUAAAAA